AAAUGCGGAUACGGAUUUGAAAUCGCAAUCGCAAUCGAAAGUGUGUUAUCGAUAAGAGUGUGUGUAUAUCGGUGUAAUCGGCCGUGUUCAAAGUGUCCGCGACGAGGUUAUUUUUUUUGUACAUUUUUGUUUAGUUUGAAAGAAGUUGAAGUUGAAGACGAUAACUGAGAACGAUUGCAGACGAAAUACACAACACGCACAUACACGCGGUGCGGUGUGUUGGUGUGCGUGGGUGGAGAAGGCUGCAGAGCAAAUGGUAAACAUGGAUUGGACUCGGUGGCAACAAGACGCUAAUGCCAGAGACAGAGCUGGCAACAGCAACAGCAACCGUAAUAGCAUCGACAGUGACAGCGACAGCAGCGAGAGCAACAACAACAGCAGCAACAACAAUAACAACAACAUCCGCAACAGCAACAGCAACAGCAGCCUUUGCGAUUGCGAGCAUCAGCACAGCCAGUGGCUUCCCAUUUGAUUCGUUUAGCUUCACAUCUCGUAGGUUCAAUCAGUCAGCCAGCCAGUCAGUCAGUCAGUCAGUCAGCAGUCAAUCAGCAGUCAGCAGUCAAUCAGUCAGUCAGUCAGUCAGUAUCAAUCGCAGUCGCAAGUAUCAGAAUCAGUAUCUACAAAAAUAUCAGUAUCAGUCAGUGCACCAAUCAAAAUCAAUCAAAUUCAGCUAGUCAGAUCUGUUGAUCAAUCGUUGAUAAUCGUUCAAAUCGAUAACAUAACUGUAACUGUAAAUACUAUCAAGCAGACAUCAUUCAGUAUAUAUAUCUAUAUAUAUAUAUAUACUAUAGCAUAUAGUAUCAAGUAGUGCAGUGUGGCAAAUAUAUAUUUCAAUCAUCAAUCAACAAAACAAGAAACAGCAAACAAUAUUAUUGGAAUCAAGUGAACGGUGUCCACGGUGCGAAGGCAGCGGCGAAAGCUGCGGGCUGUGUUGUAGCCAACAACAACAACAACAACAGUAGCAGCAGUGGCAACAGCAACAACAACAUCAGCAACUACGACAAUAACAUCAACGAUCGCGGCUGCAACAAUAAGAAUAAAACAACAACAACAGCAACUACAAUAAAUCUCUAACAAACAGCCGCCUCAACACUGCCAAUGCCCUCAUUGCCAUCAUAAUAAUCAACAACGUCAUCAUCGUUUGUUUAGAUUUGAUACAACGUUUUAUCGCGUAAACUCAAGCCGCAUCUGGUCGCCGAUACCGUUAAGCAGUAUAUAAGUCGGGCGCAACGAACAACCAAAAAAGGUUCUCAAGAUCAACAAAAUAACAUGGAGUUUUUACGUGGCGUCUAUGCGUUUAUGCAAGUGAGUAGAUCAUCGGUCGACUACAGUAAAGACAGCGGCGGUUACGAAGCGACCCUUAGCGAGCUGGUAAGCGAUGCGAAUGCGACGAAUGCGACGCAGGCGACGACCGUGAGAGAAGCUGACACAACAGCAACUACAACAACAACAACAACAACAAUAGCGAUAACAGAGCGACGCACAAAUCUGCUGAGUGAAAUAGCUGAACUAGAAGUCGAAGUCGAAGUCGAAAACGAUCAAGAAGAAGAGUCUGCCUCAAGUCCAGGCCUGGCUCCAACGCCUGCCCAAAACAAACAGAGCCAAAGAGCAGCAGCCAAAAAGCAGCCAGCCAAUAAGUCGACAACAGACAGUUGAGAGUGAAGCAUACAAAAUUGAACAAUGAAUGAAUGAAAGAACGAAACGAAACGAAACGAAUCGAUCGAUGAUGAUGCUGAUCCUCUACUGAUCACGAUAGAAAUGUAUAUCAAUAAUCUGAAAUAAUGCUAACCAUGUGAUAACUCGUAUGUAUGUAUAUGUAUGUGUAUAUAGGCCAUAUACUUAUGUAAAACAAUUCAAAUUAUCAUACUCAAAACUGAACUGCGAUCAAGCAAACACGUGACGUGAUCGCGACGCGAAUCGAAUCGAAUCAAAAUCGAAAACGAAGCGAAACAAAGAAAACUGAAACUGAAACUGAUAUAAAGAAACACAUACACAGGGCAAUUAACCCAGUGGCCUUAGCUUGUGCGACUGAAUCAAAAAUCGAAAUCAAAAAUCGAUAGACGAUAACAAACGAAACUGAUAACUGAUAAGCGAUUGCUGUUAAUCGACACUCAAAUCAAAUCAAAUCAAAUCAAAUCAUACCAAUAAUCGAUCAUCGAUAAUCAAAUGCAAAUGCAAAAUCAUCAACGUGUAAUCAAAACAGAAAUUAUCUAAUAACAACCAACCAUCAGAUCAGCUGCAUAAAACUCCACAACAGUUCAGAAACAGUUCUACUUACAAACAAACACACACAAUCGAAACUCGAAAAUCGAAACUCGAAUCUUGAAACUCUCAGACUCUCAGAUCUGUUCUGUUCUGUUCUGUUCGCGUGCGUGCGUCGUGCGUGUGUGUGCGUGCCACGCCCACCACCGACCACCGCGUGCACUCAGAGGGUUGGUUGGUGCCCGCGGUGCCAUCCCCCCAAACGCAAAGUGAUAGAAAAUGGUGUCUCAUGUCAAAAUCGAUUCACCUGUUUUUCGCCUGCACACAAACGCAACGGUUAUUUUACUGAUCACAUUCUCGAUUGCCGUGACAACGCGGCAGUACGUAGGAAAUCCCAUAGACUGUGUACACACAAGAGACAUUCCCGAAGAUGUUCUCAACACAUAUUGUUGGAUACACUCAACGUAUACAGUUGUGGAUGCGUUCAUGAAAAAGCAAGGUUCAGAGGUGCCUUUUCCUGGAAUACAUAAUUCACAGGGGCGUGGCCCUCUAACAAUAAAGCACACAAAAUAUUAUCAAUGGGUAGCAUUUACACUAUUUUUUCAGGCAAUCUUAUUUUACACACCAAGAUGGCUGUGGAAAUCUUGGGAGGGUGGCAAGAUUCAUGCGCUCAUCAUGGACUUAGAUAUAGGCAUUUGUUCCGAAGCCGAGAAAAAACAAAAAAAGAAAUUACUUUUAGAUUAUUUAUGGGAAAAUUUAAGAUAUCACAAUUGGUGGGCGUACAGAUACUACGUGUGUGAGCUGCUAGCCCUGAUAAAUGUGAUAGGUCAAAUGUUUCUUAUGAAUCGAUUUUUCGAUGGCGAAUUUAUGACAUUUGGCUUGGAUGUGAUAGAUUAUAUGGAGACCGAUCAGGAAGAUCGCAUGGAUCCGAUGAUUUACAUAUUUCCCAGAAUGACCAAAUGUACAUUUUUUAAAUAUGGUUCAAGUGGGGAGGUGGAGAAACACGACGCCAUUUGCAUUUUACCAUUAAAUGUUGUUAAUGAGAAAAUUUACAUUUUCCUUUGGUUUUGGUUUAUAUUAUUAACGUUACUCACAUUAUUAACGCUAAUAUACAGGGUGGUUAUUAUAUUCUCACCUCGAAUGAGGGUCUAUUUAUUUCGAAUGCGAUUUAGGUUAGUGCGUCGUGACGCUAUUGAAAUAAUCGUUCGUCGUUCCAAGAUGGGCGAUUGGUUUUUGUUGUAUUUACUAGGUGAAAAUAUAGAUACAGUUAUAUUUCGUGAUGUUGUACAGGAUUUAGCGAAUCGUUUAGGACAUAACCAACACCACAGGGUGCCUGGAUUGAAAGGUGAAAUACAGGAUGCAUGAUAUUGGGAGUAUUAGAAACAAUACAAAAUGCAAUAUGUCGUCUCCAUAUGAAUGCAACAACAACAACAACAACAACAAGAACUUUUAACAAAUUAGUACAACAGUAAAAUCAAGAAGAAAAAGAAGAACAACAACAUCAAACAAACAGCAGCAGCCGCUUCAUAAGUUCAAAAAUAAAACUGAAAAAAAAAACGUAUCUUACAAAUACAACCAAAAAAACUAUCGUCAAUGCUAACAACAACUCAUCGAAGUCAUUUUCAAUCACAAGAGAGUAAAACACACAGAUAGAUAGAACGAUAAAGGAUCAAGAUUAAACAUUAGAGUAUCAAUAGAAAUCCAUAACCGAAAAUGAAGAAGAAGAAGAAGAUGAAGCAACACACACAACGAACAUUUCGGAAGAACCACAAGUGAAAAGUGAAAGAAGCAAGGCAAACAAAUCAACCAACAACAACGAAUAUUUAAGGCAGUUGAAGAUCAAAGACCAAUCAUGAAAGAAGCAGCAGGAUAACAGGAGAACAGGUGGACAGCAGCAGCUGACCACAGGACACAGCCAACCGGAUGCACGUGGCAACUGCGUCUGGGGGCGUGGCCCAUGGAUACAAGUGAAGUCAAGAAGUCAAGAACUAACGACGACGACGAAAAAAAAAAUAGCAAAGUUGCCCAAGGACAAGAACAAAGGGUGUGUGCCGAACCGAAGGAAAGGACAUUGAAAUGAAGGAAUUGAAGGAAACUCUCUAUCAUAUAAACACAAACAAACACUCACACUCACACACACACACACACACACACACACUCACACAUGCACAAGACAUUUAUGCGGCAUUACUCAUACCGCACGUACGCCCACACCCACAACCACGCCUACGCCUACGCCCCGCCCCGCCCCGCACUUUGCUUGUCAUGCAGCAACAUAACAAAACACCAACGAAGUCGAGACGACGCCCGCGUAUAAUUGCAUUUCUGUAUUAACGACAAAAAAACAAACAACAACAACAACUGCAACAUCAUGCACUAUAUUUUAACACCAACAACAACAACAACUAGAACAUCAACAACAACAACAACAACAUCGAACGAGCAGCAACGACAGCGCAAAAGAAGAAUCAGAAGAAACAAAGACGAUCAUCAAGAAGAGAAGAGCUGCAAAAACAACAAAAGAAACUGUUUCAAGUGUAGACGAGAAGAAGAGAAGAUGAUCUCCUCUCUCUCUUCGACGAUACGAUUGAAUAGGAACGGAUGGAAUAUCGCAUAAUGAAUAGAGUAGAGAAGCAGUUGGGGGGAUUGAAGUAGAAAUAGAAAAGCGAAGAGGAUGAAGAGGAUUGAUUAUAUAAGAGGAAAGAGGAAAGCGAAAUGAGAAAUGAGAAAAGCAGGCAAAAACAAACGUUUAAUUAAAUUAAAUUCAACUCAAUUAAAAUCACUUAUUAUAUUUAUAAUAAUAGUCAUUACAAAAGUAAUAAUAAUAAUUACAAUAAUAAUAAUAAUAUUAAUAUUAAUGCAAAAUGAAAAACAACAAAACAAAACAAAAACGAUAUCUCGAAGUGUUCAUGUAUUCGAAUGUAGGUUAAUUAAGAACGGCAUAUAAAUAAUUCUAAAUAUAAUACACACUUAUACAUACAUAUAUAUAAAUAUAUAUAGUAUAUAUAUAUAUAUCUAUAUAUAUACACAUGCAUACAUAUAUGUAUAUGGUGUGUACAUAUAUAUAUAUAGAUUCACGUACUUAUACAUAUAUGUAUAUACUACAUAAGUAUACAUAUACAUACAUAUAUAAUAUAACGAUAAACAACAAACAGAUUUUUUUUUGUCUAACUCUAAGUAUUUGUAUUACCCGCUAAAGAAACCAAAGGUAAAAUAAAAAACAAAAACAAAAACAAAAACCAAACAAAACAAAACAAAAAAAAAGAGAACACGAAAAACAACACAAAAACAAACAAAAAAGCAACAAAAACAACAACAAAACAAAACCAAAUUUUGUAUACAAGAACCACAAACAAAACAAAGAAAAAUACAAAAAACAUAAAAAACCAAAAAAAGCAAAAUGAAAGUGAAAAUGAAAAUGAUACCGAACUAAAUGUAAAGAUCAACAAAAAAUAUCAGUAAAUAUCAGCGACAGUUUAGUAAAUGGAAAUAAAAUACAGAAAAUACGCAUACAAAUACCAUAAAACGAAGAGAAUACGAAGAGAAACGAAACAAAACAAAAGGAGAAAUAAAUGCAGAAAUUUUAAUGAACCGUACAUACAUACAUACAUACAUACCUACAUACCUACUUACAAAUGCAUACAUACAUACAAACAUAUAUAGUUUAAUUAGAUCAAAAAUCUAGCUCGCAUCAUUAUAUAACCAUUAAAAUAAUAACCAACAUUACGAACACAGACGGACGGACGGACAGACAGACGGACAGAUCAUGGAUCAUAUUUUAAACAUGCAUAAAUAGAUUCAGAAAUUGAAAUCCAAAUGAGAACGGAAGUUCUAUAAAUCAUGACUUUGAUUCUCCAAAUACACAAAAACAUAUAGAAGAAGGGAAAUCAAUUAAAUUAAUGGAGGGGAUUAAAAAGCGGGCUCAGAAAUCAAUUAAAUUAAAUCAUUUUCCAAUUAUCAAAAAUGAAAAAAAAAAACUUUAACACAAUUUGAUGCAUUAUGAUUUAAUGAUUAAAUAAUGAAUCAUUAUUUUCUCACUUCAAACGUUUGGCAUUGCGGCUGUCACACAAGAGCAAGCGAGAGCGAGAGCGAGAGAGAGAGAGAGCGAAAGAGAAAAGGCUCUACGAUUAUCAUGUGCAGCGAGAACAAUCUCUCAGAAAAACAAACAAACAAUGAAAAAAAAACAGAAUAACGCUCAUUCACAUCGAAUUGACCACACGUCACAUGUGCUACAAAUUGUAAUAUCCGUCCAGAAAACUUUUUGAAGCACAUUCUAAUUUGUAAGACUUAGGUUUUGUUCCCAGUCAGUGAAUCUCUUGCCCCAAAAUAUUACUAUAUAUGAAUGAAUGAAUCUUCAACAAACGCUCGUCUGAUCAAAUUCUCCACAACACUCAUUAUGCAAAUGCAAAUGCAAAAACGGACCAAAAUAAGUCACAAACAUUUCUUUGAAUUCUUUCAGUAAUGCUCAGUUCAGCUCUCUCUUUCCAAGUCCCCCACCCCCUCCCUUUCCCCUUUUUUCCCAAAAGGACAUAAGGAUGAAAGACGCAUCAGACACAGCCAAAGAAGCCAAGCCAAUGAAAAUAAAUGUCACUGCCAGCUAAAACAGCUAAAAACACACACACACACACAAAUGUAGUUUAAAGACUCGCAACAACAACAACAACAUCUAGUAUGUAGAUACGAUCUCCCCCAGAGUCUCUUCAGAGUGCAGCUGCAAUGCCAAAGCGAUUCCUUCAAUGAGUUGAGCUCACUUUUUAUCCCCACAGUUCUCAGUCUCAAAAAUACUUAUACUUUUUAUAUAGAUCAGGGUAUUUCGGUUUAUGUACUCAUGACAACGCAUACUCAAAGACGCAUUAGAUUUUAGCUAACAAGGUUUUGGAUGUAAUCAUAAUAAUAAUAAUAAUAAUAAUAAUAGAUAAAGGGAAAUCGAAAUAACUAAUUUCUAUGUCGCCAUACAACACUUAAUAGAAGAUGAAAAAAAAAACAAUAA